UUUUUCAUUCGUCUCUUGAAUUCCGAACGCAACGGUUCGCCUUCGCUCCAAAACGGCAAGCGGCACUUGAAAGCGCCAGUGCAAAGUUAGCUGAAGUGCAAAAAUCUACACAAACUGAGAUUAAACCAAGUGAUUAGCCCCGGAACAAAACAAACAAACAAACACAGACUCUUCAAUAAAAAAAAGAGAGUGCAACUGAAAUUUGAAAGUGCAAUGGACAUGGAUACCUUGCUACCUUCACCACCCGCAACGCCCCCACUAAGGGAAAACAAGUUGGAAAUCGUAAGUGACCUACAAAGUGGAUAUAUACAGUGUACGCUAGUGUAAUUAGUGCUUAUUGAGUGGGGAUAGUGCAUUCAAGGCAGCGGAAAAUCAAACGGAAUCGUACUUAGCUCGCUCUCGCUCCCACUUGCCGCGUUUCUAAAAACAAAGUGCCUCGUCCCGCUCGCACUCGCACACAGCCAUGCGAUCACGCAGCCAACACGCUUUCACGUGAACACCGCAUGCACAGCGAGUGAUGUGUGAGUGCGAGCGAGAGGCCGCAGCUGAACAUUGGACUUGGCACCACUAGGAAAAAACAACAGAAAAGCAAAAGAGAGAAGGUGAGUUGCCAAUUGGCAACUGUAGGCGAGCGGUGGAGUGUGAGAGGAAAGAGAGGGCCUAGCCAAAAGCUAGGCAAACAGGCCAAGCCCCAACCCAUAAAACCAUGUCACAUUUCUGGCUCGUUUUUUAUCUGGCCAAGAAAGAAACAAACAAACACUGUCGCACAUUAGAGCGCAACGUGCCGAGCCCAUAAAAAGAUUUCGACGUCUUCGCACGAGUCAUAAUACACCCCUCGCAUUCGCCUUCCCCAUGAAAUCACCCACCUGAGGCACGUCAUAAUAAUACUGGUGGUGUGGCUGCAUUUUCCUUGCAUGCUUUUAGGCGCAAUUUUUAAAUGGUUCUAGAAUAUGCGCCGAAAACGCAACAGUUGCUCAUGUUUUCAUCCUUAAAAAUUAAGUAGUGAAAUUUGAAAAGUCCAUAUUAAGAACAGUUUUUAAAAUUUUAAGACAUUUUUUGUUUCUGUCAGGAGCACAUCAAUUUAAAGACUUUUAUGUGGUCAUCAAUACAGUAUUCACCUUUAACAUUUACAUACGUCUAUAAUUUAAAGCACAGCUGGCAGCAACAGUUAAUGAGUAAUAUUCUGUCACCCCAAACGGCCUUUAAAAGAGUUCAAAAACCGCCAAAAACAAAGUUCCCUUGGCCUUUCGAAGGAGCAUUGAACCUGGGGUUGGGCGGGGUAUUGCAGGGUGUGUGAAGGUUAACGGUGAACGGCCUUGUCAGCCGCCGGCGUAAUUAGCGAAUUGCGAGGAAAAGUUAUUGUGGGUCAAUGCUGGUCAGCGAAAAGUGAAUGGGACUGUGAAUGUGAAUGCACUCCUCAGAACAUAAACUCGACAAUGUUAACGAACUCUGACUAACCCUGAACUUGUUCUUUCCUUUUCCAGGUCGCCAAGGACGAACAACAGGUGAACGAGAAUCUGCUAAAGGCAAAGCUCAAGCUGGUGGCCCAAAAGAGUCAGAAAAAUGGAGGGAUUAUUACACCAAAUCCAUCGGACACGGAAGACGAGGCUCCCGAAAUAGCGGUUCCCAACAAGAAACCCCGUUUGGAACAACCUGCUAUGAGCAUGACACCGCCGCCGGAUCAAAAGCUGGACGAUGAUCAGAAAGCGGAAAGGGUUAGCGUCAUCAUGCGGGUCAACAGUUCUGGCGCUGUCUCUUCUAGUAGCCAAGACGAGAACUCAUCUAGUUCCACCUCCUGCUGUAGUUCCUCUUCCAACACAAACACAAGUACAAGUUCAGUACCACCCACUGUGGAGGACGACUAUCCAGAGGCCAAUGUGUGGCGCAAUCUCAAGUUCAAAAUGAACAGAAAGCGUGCUGCAGAAGUGGCACUACCCCCAGUACAAACACCCGAGACACCAGUUGCGAAGCUUGUAACGCCACCUGCUCCAGCGGAAUGCAUCAAGGAGGAGGAAAUAAAACCUAUUCUGACACCGAUAUAUGUUAGCCCAGUAGCUUCGUCUGCCAGCCAACUUAUCCUGCUCAGCACAGUGGCCGCCCAACAGAGCCCCACACCCGUACCCAAAACGCCAACAAUGUCCGAGGAGAAACUAACAACCAGAAUUACGGCCGCCCAGGCGGCGGCCACCAGAAGUCGCAUCUACGAGUGCAGUUUUCCCGAUUGCGGCAAGAAUUACUUCAAAAGCAGUCAUCUGAAGGCCCACCAGAGGGUUCACACCGGCGAGCGACCCUUUAUCUGCAAGUGGGAGAACUGUGACAAACGAUUCUCCCGUUCCGAUGAGUUGUCCCGACACAAACGGACCCACACCGGUGAAAAGAAAUUCCAGUGCAGCGUCUGCCAGAAGAAAUUCAUGAGAAGCGAUCACCUGUCGAAGCACGUCAAACGGCACAACAAGGACAAGGCGAACGGAGUGAAUCGACAUGUCUCCCUGGCCAACAACAACACAUCAGCUUCGGUAGCGGCUUCCCUCUGCGAUGCCUCGCUCCAUUUGCGAGCGAUAGCACCGGCGGGCUCCAGCGCUAGUUCCUCGCCCAUCAGUUCCGCCAGCUUGCAAGUCUACAGCGCCCAAGAUCUGCUGAGGCUACAGCAGCAGGCCAGCAGUUUCACCUUCGGCGGAACCCUGCUUCAAGUGCAGCGAUGAGAAGAGCAAUGCGAGCAGCAUCAGAACCAAUCUCAGCCCCACAGUAUCGCCAGCUAAACAGAGAUGAAUUCCCACCAAAUUUCAAAACAAAUUAACAUCUGAGUCAAAUUCGAAAUGCCUUCUCGCUCUCAUGUAGCUGGUGUAGACUUAAGCUUAGUUAGGAGCUAGAUCUUGUCACCGUUUUGUGCAUAUAUCAACUUCAAAUUCAAUACGUAAUACCCAAAUCGGAUAGAUGCCACUUCUUUCCAGGAGCACACAGCACACUUCUUAUCUAAGCGAUCUUCUUCAGAUUAAUAUUCUGAAUAUCCCUAGUGUUUGUACAUACUAUAAAGAGACGCAUUCGGCGUCCAACAUCUGUGAUAUUUAAGUUUUCUUAACUCUUUUCUAUUGUACCAUAGUUGUCAGUGUAAUUCUCUUAAGCUAAAACACACACAAUUGUAUUUAUUGCUAAAUGUGAAAAAAAGAAAAUGAAAACAAAUAGAAUAAUGGAUCAUCGCACGAUUCCAAUCUCAACAAAUGAAAAUAUACAUAUUUUCCAAAG